UCUCCAGCACACGUCACCGCCAAAAUGGUUGUUCUUGCGGCGUCAAUCUGCACCCGAGGCGGGAAAGCUGUCCUCUCGAGGCAGUUCCGUGAGAUGCCCAGAUCUCGCAUCGAGGCUCUGCUGGCGUCGUUCCCCAAGCUGGCACACAGCGGCACCCAACACACCAUCGUCGAGCAGGACAACGUGCGAUUCGUCUACCAGCCGCUGGACGAGCUGUACAUGGUGCUCAUCACCAACCGCCAGUCCAACAUCCUCCAGGACAUCGAUUCCCUGCACCUGUUCGCCCAGGUCGUCUCCAGCACCUGCAAGACGCUAGACGAGAGGGAGAUUGUCCGCAAUGCCUACGAGCUUCUCAGCGCCUUCGACGAGCUGGUCACGCUGGGCUACAGGGAGAACCUGACCAUUAGCCAGAUCAGGACCUUCCUGGAGAUGGAGAGUCAUGAGGAGCGCAUUCAGGAGAUUAUUGCACGGAACAAGGAGCUCGAGGCUACAGAGGAGCGCAAACGAAAGGCGAAGCAGCUCGAAAUGCAGCGCAAGGAGUCCGCCAGAAGUGGCCGCCCUGCCGCUGCUCCGCGAACACCCGUCUACCCUACCUACACCCCUCCCUCUCAGCCAAGCGCAAGCGCAUUCGACUCAUACGAGGCCGAGAAGAACAAGACAUUCAAUAAACCAACCACGCUCAAGGCAAAGGGAAUGCAGCUGGGCAAGAAGUCCAAGACUACCGACAUUUUCGAAAAAGUACGAGGAGACCUUGGCGCCGGUGCCGACGAAGCUCCUCUCAUUACGCCGACACACGCUGCGGUAGCCGCCGAACCGGAGCCGCGGAUUUCGUCAACGCUGGACCGGGAUGCCAUCCAUGUUACGAUUGCCGAGACGAUAAGCGCCAAGCUGUCAAGAGAAGGUGCCGUCAACUCCAUCUCAGUCAAUGGAGAUCUCACGCUGCGGGUUUCAGAUCCCAGCCUCACAAAGAUCAAGCUCGGCCUGCACGCCGUCCCAUCACACGGCGCUCAGUUUAGGCCUCACCCCAAUGUCGACCGCAACCUCUUCAACAGCUCCAAGGUCAUCCAGAUGAGCAACACAGCUCGAGGUUUCCCCAUCAACCAAGGUGUCGGGCUCCUGCGAUGGAGGGCUACACCAAAAGCGGACGACGCAAGCGCAUGCCCCAUUACCUUUACUGUCUGGAUCAACAAGGAUUCCGACAAGUACAACAUUACGGUCGAGUACGAGCUGACGGGCGGUGAUGCCCUGCGGGAUGUAAGCGUUGUCAUUCCAUACCAGGGAAGCGAGCCGGUCGUUUCGAGCUUCGACGCCGCCUAUGAGGUGUCUGGAGACACACUAGAGUGGAACAUUGGCUCAGUCGAUGACGAGAAUGCCAACGGAUCGUUUGAGUUCGAAGCAGAGUCCAAUGACGAGAACGACUUCUUCCCCAUGACUGUCCGUUUCAACAAGUCAACGCCGUUUGUGGAUGUCGAUGUCACGUCUGUUUCACUGAUCGAGGAGAAUGAGGAAGUGACUUUCUCCAAGGACGUAAAGUCCGCAGCAGACAAUUAUCUGAUUGAGUAG